AUGCACCACAAGCAUUCCAGUACGAUGUUCAACAAGUCACAGAAGCCCAAAUCAAGCAAAAACCCAGACCCACACAAUGGGUCGAAGGGUCCAAUGGCUUGGAAUGUGCCUAUAUUCUUCGGAAUAAUGUUUGCACUCUCAAUUGCGGAGAUGAUCUUCACAAUAGAUAGUUUCCAGUAUCUACAGAAGAAGCACAAGUGGUGGUCUGGAACAGAGCGAGCUCGUUUAGCUUUCUUGAUUUUCAGCGCUGCGAGGACUAUUCUUCUGUCUGCUGUGUAUGUGGGCUUCCAUUGCGCAGUGAAGCAUCUACACAACAUGUUACAUACGAUCUUCCUGGUUAUAUCAACAAUCCUCUGGAUUGUCAGCGGCAUUCUCAUCCACCAGAUGUGGGGAUACGUUGAGUGCGAGAAUGAGGGCAUUGCGAACAGCUUCGAAGAGUUCAAGAGCCAGGUCUCAGGCGGGUUGUCCGAAUGCCAUGAGAUCAAAAUCAUUGAGAUUAUUGCAUGGGCUAUCGCAGGAGUUAGCGUCCUGGCGACUAUACCAGUCGUUAUCACGGCGCUAAAGAAGAGAAAGGCGAAUAAGACCAGAGGACAUAACGAGAAGACCGCCGCGCAUAGCACAAAUGUUUGA